GUUAUAUAUAAGUCAUCGAAACUAAAUUAUUUCAACAGAGGUUUGUUACCUUCCAUUUGCGCGUAUUUGUUGUCUCCGAUCGAUGAUUAUAACACAAUCAAUAACAAUUGGAUAAAGUGACAUUUAUUGAAUAAUAACUUGGUAUUUUUUUUUUGAAGCAUGCUUAUUCAGCCUAUAUUAACGUUUCUAGCAGCAAUAGGGUUAGCCUUAGCCUACCAACAUUUACCCCCGGACUUUAAAACUACCCAAAAUCCAAUAGUCAUCACCCCCUUAGGAUCAAUACAGGGUUCAACGUUAAGAACCCGAUUAGGAAAAACUAUCUAUGCCUUCCGAGGCAUUCGAUAUGCACAACCUCCCGUAGGAGAAUUAAGGUUUCAGCCCCCAGUUCCUAUAGAAAAGCAUGAAGGAGUCUACAAUGCAACAGAUGAUAAACCAAUGUGUCCUCAACCGACAACGGAUCCCACAUCAGAAGACUGCUUAUAUCUUAACGUUUAUACUACAAAACUACCAAGUGGCAACAUAAACAACGUAAAGAGACCCCUUAUUGUCCACAUUCACCCCGGAGGGUUCUACAGUGCAGGGUCUGCAAGCUAUUGGGGAGGACCCCAAUAUUUCAUGGAUCAAGAUAUUAUUUUGGUAACGUUCAAUUACCGAUUGGGAACUCUAGGAUUUCUUUCAACUGGAGAAAAAGAAGCACCAGGAAAUAAUGGUCUUAAAGACCAAGUGCAGGUCUUACGAUGGAUUAAACAGAAUAUAGAAGCAUUUGGUGGAGACUCCGGUUCUGUGACCAUACAAGGUUACAGUGCUGGCUCAAUAAGUGUUACUUGCCAUAUGGUUUCUCCUAUGUCCAGAGGGCUUUUUCAUAAAGCAAUUGCCAUGAGUGCCUCUGGCACUUCUCAGUCGCCCAUAGGGCAUAAUCUUUUGGAUUUCGCGAGACGUCAAGCUAAAUUUGUGGGAUGUCCUGAGGGCAAUGCCAAGGAAAUCUAUAAUUGUUUAAAAACUAUACCUGCUGCAGAUUUGGCUAAUUCUUUACCUAAAUUUGCGGAAUGGGGUACUGAUCCUAUUCUACUUUGGACUCCUGUCAUCGAAAACGACUUUGGGCAAGAACGCUUUCUAACUGCUCACCCUAUAACCCUUUUUAUGAAGGGCGAGUUUACAAAGAUCCCUUUCAUGACUGGAGUAACUACUGAUGAAUUUGCUUUUAGAUCUUUAUAUGUAAUUGAAAACAGUACCCUGCUAAAAGAUAUUAACGAGAACUGGGAGAAGGUGGCUCCUAUACCUUUCCAAUACGAAAGGAACACAGAAAAAUCGAAAAAUAUAAGCAGAGCUUUGAGAAAGUUUUAUUUUAAUGACAAACCUAUUGACCAAUCAAAUUUGAAUAAGCUUGGGGAACUUUACGCCGACUCAAUGAUAGGAUUUGGCAACAAUAGGGCAGUCAAGCUUGUUAGUGCUAAAAAUACUGCUCCAACGUAUUACUACAAAUUUAGUUAUCAGGGAGAUUAUAGCCAUAACUACCUUCCUGGGACCAAUAAUACUAAACCAUAUGGUGUGGUUCAUCAUGAUGACCUUAUCUACCUAUUCUAUAUCUCGAAACUGUUUCCACUAUUCGGAGUAGAUUCUCCAAAAGAAGUUGGAAUGGUUGAAAUACUCACUACCCUCCAUGCUAAUUUUGCGAAAUACGGAAAUCCAACUCCAGGGCAUUCAAAAGUAUUGAGAAACGUUUCAUGGGAACAAUUUAAUAAUAGAACAGAGAAGUAUUUGGAUAUUGGGACAAAGCUUGUAAUGCGAGAAAAACUUUUCGAUGACAGGUAUUCGGAAUGGGAACGUCUUUUUCCAUUAGAGCAAUAUGCUUAAGGAAUUUGUCUUUUGAUUAUUUGGGAGAUAUAAAUUAGAAAUUGUGCAACCAUAGUAAAUAAACUGAUUAACGAAAA